AUGGCUGCUGUUCUUCUCGUUUUCCUCGCCAUUUCAGGAGCCUGUGCGAAUCAUUUUCGCGGUGGAACGAUAAACUGGCAACCAACUGGCAUAGAAAACCAGGUGGAGUUUUCUUUCAAACUCGGCUGGUAUUAUGGAAGAGGGCCAGGGUGUUCGACGACGGACAUUGGAAAUUUAACGACUGGUGGUUCCGGACAGUGGUGGAAGUGCACCAGUGGCUGUAGCGGCUCAUUAAACGUAAACGAUAUCAACUACAUCUGUACCGGGGCAAGCAUUGACGAUCAAUGGGAACAGGGAGAGAGAAAUUUCGUGUACAAUUUUACAGGCAUAGGACCAUACACAGUGUCAUUUAGCGGAUGCUGUUGGAUAUAUCCGGAUUAUGGAUCAUCAGGAAACUGGAGUGUAGAAACAAAAAUAUUUCUUGCAAAAAGAAGCGACUUAAAUCAACCGAAUACAAGUCCCGUCACUGCUGGAAAACCCCUGUACAUUGAACCAUACGGGAGACAAGUGAUCCUAACGAUUCCAAUGAUAGAUAGCGAUGGUGAUACUGUGCGUUGUCGAUGGGCUACCGGAAAUGAAUGUGUUUCUGUUUGCAACACCCUUCCUUACGCAACGCUCAACUCUGAAACAUGUACGAUUACCUUCCACUCCAACCACACUUUAAAUGGAAUGUACGCUGUUGCCUUAACUAUUGAAGAUUUCCCAAACUCCAACAUCAUCAUUGGGGGCCAGCUGUACACUCCCGAUGACCACAUGUCGUCUGUACCAUUACAGUUUCUCAUCAAUACUGUCUAUGUAAAUACCUCAGUCAAUACGCCCCCAGUGUUCGUAAACAGCACUCCACCGGUGGGCAGCGUCCUAGCUGUAAAAACACUACAAACCGUUGAAAUACAUUUUUAUGCUUAUAGCAAUCAAACCAUUUCACGAAUUGAUCUUACAUCGCCUGCUGGAAUGACCUACACGUCACUACAAAAUGACUCCUGUCCUGAUGUCUACUACAUUGUGACGUCAUGGACACCAUCUGAGAAGCAAACUGGUUCCCAUAUUUUGUGUGCUGCUGCAGUUGACAACAAUGGAUUGACCAGUAACUACCAUUGCAUUGCCUUACGGGUCUCUGAGGUAAGCCCAUGUGAUAGUAAUCCAUGCACUAAUAACAAAACUUGCAUAAAAGAUGGACUGAAUUAUACAUGUGAAUGUCCGGCGGGUUUCACAGGGGUGAUGUGUGAAACAGAUAUCAAUGAUUGCAUUGGCAACCCAUGCGAUAAUGGUGGGACAUGUAUAGACGUCAUCAAUGGAUAUUACUGUUCGUGUUUGAAUGGUUACACUGGUCUCAGUUGUGAAUCGGAUAUUGAUGAAUGUGUGAGUCGUCCCUGUCAAAACGGCGGGUUGUGCACAGACAUUUUAAAUGGUUUCAUUUGUACAUGCCCUACAGGAACAUCGGGAUCAACGUGUGACAUAAACUUUAACGAAUGUAACAGUAGUCCCUGUGAGAACGGUGCUACAUGUUAUGACGCCAUCAAUGGUUAUAGUUGUGGGUGUUCGACUGGCUAUACUGGUGUACAUUGUGAAACAGAUAUUGAUGAAUGUGUGAGUCGUCCCUGUCAAAACGGCGGGUUGUGCACAGACAUUUUAAAUGGUUUCAAUUGUACAUGCCCUACAGGAACAUCGGGAACGACAUGUGAAAUAAACUUUAACGAAUGUAACAGUAGUCCCUGUGAGAACGGUGCUACAUGUUAUGACGCCAUCAAUGGUUAUAGUUGUGGGUGUUCGACUGGCUAUACUGGUGUACAUUGUGAAACAGAUAUUGAUGAAUGUGUGAGUCGUCCCUGUCAAAACGGCGGGUUGUGCACAGACAUUUUAAAUGGUUUCAAUUGUACAUGCCCUACAGGAACAUCGGGAACGACAUGUGAAAUAAAUAUUGAUGAAUGUGUGAGUCGUCCCUGUCAAAACGGCGGGUUGUGCACAGACAUUUUAAAUGGUUUCAAUUGUACAUGCCCUACAGGAACAUCGGGAACGACAUGUGAAAUAAAAAUCAACGAAUGUGCUAGUGCGCCUUGCCAGAGUGGAGGAACAUGUACCGAUUUAAUAAACGGAUUUUCGUGCCUAUGCCCAGCUGACAAAUGGGGAAUUGUGUGCAACAUCGACCGUUGUUCAUCAGACCCCUGUCCAGCCAUGUAUCAAUGUAAUUUGGGGAACGGCACGUAUUCAUGUGAAGCAAGUGCCGCCAUGUACGCUCUGAUUGUGACGUCAGCGGUAUCAUCACUUGGGGUGGCAUCUUUUGUGGCAUUCAAAUUAUGGCGCCCAUCCGUUAAAGUAGAUCACUCAUGGUUAUCAAAUUACACUGAUGUCCGCAAACCAGACAACCAACCAAAGCAUGUCUUUACCAUGCAGAAAGAUCAGAAACAACAUCUAUUCGUCUAACACUUCCACAAGAUGUGAAAAUAUUUAUUAUUUAUCCAUGUCUUACUGAAACAAUGGCAUUUACUCCAACAAUUACUACUCUCCCACUCUUGUAGAUUGCAUUGCUUGCAUUACACUAGUUUAUCUCCUUCCUCUCUUCAGUCAAUGGUGGACACUGAAAAUUGAUAAUAUACCUGUAUAUGUAUCGCUUCAAAUCAUCUUACCAUAAGUGUCAAAGGCAACCUCAUGAUAAAAGCAUUCACAUUGGAUACUGUAAAAUACGAUAAUAUCGAAUCGUAAGUGCUUUUUAUGCUUCAAAAAGUACACAGUAGUGUGGCAGGUUGCUGACUCCUGUGGUUAAAUUCAGAACCUCAAAUUUAUUACAAGCUUAUUGUGUCAAAAUCCUUACACGAUUUAUGCACGUGUGUGUUAUUUGGUCACGCAUUUGUCCGUCUUCAGCGUGAUUUUCCGUUAUUUGGUCACGCAUUUGUCCGUCUUCAGCGUGAUUUUCCGUUAUUUGGUCACGCAUUUGUCCGUCUUCAGCGUGAUUUUCCGUUAUUUGAUCACGUUAUUGUCCGUCUUUAGUGUUUCAGCAAGACGCAUGGUGGAACUUCAAAUAACUCAUUCCGUGUACACUUAGAAGCAGUACUAUGCAGUCAACCGGAAGACGAUCUAUAUCAUAUACUUCUUGGACAACACACACUCAAAAAGGACAAAAUUACGUUUAGGAAACUAAAUUUCAAAUUCGUCAUCACUUCCUGUUCGCUUCAUAAUGGUUAUGCAAACAUCAAAUCAUGUAAACGGAUAGCUCUAAUCCUAGUCUUGCAAUUCUUUACUACUUGUAUGCUCUUUACUCUUUUUUGUGUAAAUUUAUUGUAUUUUGCAAUCCUCUUUGUAUCCUAUACAUGUGUACAAUGUAUAUGUAUAAUUAAUUGGCUGUAUAUUCACCUUAUUAAAUCAUU